GCUGUUAACGAGGUGCGUGCGCGGCAAGCACGGGAUGUCAAUUGUAAAUAAUGCAGUGUUGAUUUGUUUCUCUCUUUUUCAUUGCCAAUAAUGUCUCGUUUCGUAGUUUUGUCGUGUCGCUUGCAGUGUAGAUGAUGUUUCAUGGAUACAAACACCUGCAUGCCGCAUGUCCACGUUUUCCUGAGCGUCUGGGACACGAUGAUAUGAAGCGAGUUGGUUUGCUCGACAGGCACGUGCGUUGAGUCGGUGUGUGAUUUGAACGCAUUCUGCAAAUGCAUUUGACGGUUAUGCUGCCCGAAAGUUCCCAGUUGAGUCUGAGUGAAAGAGAAAAGGGCUAAAGCCAGCGCACUUUACAGCACCACGCACAAACCUGACCAUAAGCAAUGAGUGACCCUCAGGAUGCCAGUGACGUCACUUCAGCCGCAAGCUUGACACAGCAUUUGCCUGUUGCAGUGCAUUCUCCGCCCCAGCGAUGUGAUGAUGAUGAUGAAGGGGACUUGAACAAGACACUGGGAGUGCAGCGCUUCCAGCAGAUCCUCACACCCCCCCAGCGCUUGCCAAUUGAACAACACCGCACCUUUAAUGAGGAGGACUUUGAGUAUCACCGUCACAGCUCUCUACACAUUCACCACCCUCUGUCUAAACACUUCCCAGAGGGCCGGAGGAAAAAGCCCGGAAGAAAGCGGAAGGACUCAGGAAGGAGGAGGAGUUCAUCUAUGGGAUCAGCUCCGCCAAUAGAUGAGGAUGAAGAGGAUGAAGAGGUGGAUGAAGAUUCCUGUAGUCAGCAGGAUAAAGAGGGCAAUGUCACCACCACACCUACACCGGAAACGGACACAGAGGUGGAUGCACAGUUUUUUGUAUCAGAAGAUGAUCGAGACUCCACUGUAAAUAAGAAUGGUAAAGCCUCACCACAACGAAAGCUGCCUAUCAUACCCCAUUCAAUGCUUCACACCAGUAUCAGCAUACCAGAAAAUGUUACAACAACUGCGGGCAGAAACUGGGUUCAUAAUCUGCCCAAUGGCAGACGAGUUUCUGCCCCAUGUUUGUUUCCAAGUUUGAGUUCUGGCCGCAGUUACGAUCUGCAGGAGCGCCGCCGGACGGGCAACAUGACAGGCACAUCCUUACAACACUAUCAAUACAUGCCUACUGAUGAGAGCGAGGCACAGACGCUCGCCACCGUUGACCUGGAUGGCAUUAAAAGUCACAGGUUUGAGGAUGUCCCUGGUGUGCGGCGGCACCUGGUUAAGAAAAGCGCUAAAGGUCAGGUGGUUCACAUCGGCAAGGAUCACAAAGAGCCCAGCAGUCGUAUCCGCACCAAGUUGGAUCGAACCCCACAUGAGAGGAGAUCAUGGCCCUGUUACAUGGACUACAGGGUUCGUCGUGCCCGACAGCUGAAGGUGUUUGUUGAGCUGAAUGAGUUACUGAUGGAUAAGAACCAGGAGAUGCAUUGGAAGGAAACAGCUCGUUGGAUAAAGUUUGAGGAGGAUGUGGAGGAGGAGACAGAGCGCUGGGGCAAACCUCACGUAGCUUCACUCUCAUUCCGCAGCCUGCUGGAGCUCCGCAAGACCAUUUCACACGGUGCAGUGUUGUUGGAUCUGGACCAGAAGACGCUGCCUGGUAUUGCUCAUCAGGUGGUGGAGCAGAUGAUAAUCUCAGAUCAAAUCAGAGCACAGGACAGAGCCAAUGUGCUCCGAGCCCUGCUCCUCAAACACAUUCAUCCGAGUGACGGCAAGGAGCACAGCUUAUUUAAACGGAACAUCUCAGCAACCAGCCUUGGCUCUCUUAUAUCUCAUUACCAUAGCAGUAACCAUAUCGCCACCCCGGAGCCCCCUGCCACAGACCCGCUCAUCGGAGGACUACGUAACUUUGAGUCACGCAUUAGUGUAGACUCAGAUAGGAUCGAGAAAGACACAGCCCAGUUUUUUGGUUUGCACAAGACCAAAUCUAAACAUGAGCUGAAGCUGCUUGAGAAGAUUCCGGAGGAUGCAGAAGCAACCGUUGUCCUCGUGGGUAGUGUGGAUUUCCUGGAUCAGCCCACCAUGGCCUUUGUGAGACUGCAGGAAGCGGUUCUGUUAGAGUCUGUUCUUGAAGUGCCGAUUCCAGUGCGCUUUCUGUUCGUGUUGCUCGGCCCUCCCAAUGCCAACAUUGACUACCACCAAAUCGGCCGCUCCAUAUCAACACUUAUGUCUGAUAAACACUUCCAUGAAGCGGCGUAUUUGGCAGAUGAGCGGCAGGACCUGCUGACAGCCAUCAACAGCUUCCUGGACUGCAGUAUUGUGCUUCCUCCAUCUGAGGUUGGAGGAGAUGAGCUGCUGCAUUCUAUCGCUCGCUUCCAAAAAGAGAUGCUGCACAAGAGACAUGAACAAGAGGUCAAACUACAGGCCAAGGAACCCAAGAGCCCAGAGGACACCGCUCUUCAGCCUCCUCUGAAACCUGAAGACGAUCCUCUUCGGAGGACGGGUCGGCUGUUUGGUGGGGUUAUCCGAGAUGCACGGAGCCGCUACCCCAAAUACAUCAGUGAUUUUAAAGAUGCCCUAAGUCCUCAAUGCAUGGCCACAGUCAUAUUCAUUUACUUUGCUGCCCUUUCUCCUGCCAUCACCUUUGGAGGACUAUUAGGUGAAAAGACUGAUGGUUUGAUAGGUGUGUCAGAGCUGAUUAUUUCCACUGCUGUGCAGGGAAUGUUGUUCUGUCUGCUAGGGGCUCAACCUCUGCUGGUGGUGGGCUUCUCUGGACCCCUUCUAGUGUUCGAAGAGUCCUUCUAUUCAUUCUGUAGGUCCAAUGAAAUCGAGUAUCUGACAGGACGUUUGUGGAUUGGAAUCUGGUUGAUCAUCAUUGUAGUUCUCACGGUGGCCUUUGAAGGGAGCUUCCUGGUGCGAUUUGUGUCCCGCUUCACCCAAGAGAUCUUCUCCAUCCUUAUCUCUCUCAUUUUCAUCUACGAGACCUUCUUCAAGCUGGGAAAAAUCUUCAUGGAUCAUCCUCUCAGAAGCUGCAGUGGGCGAGAAGAAAAUGACACCGCUUUAUCAACACCCACAAGUGACGGCAGGUCUCCAGAUGCCCCUCAAACCCUAAACCAGCCAAACACAGCUCUCCUCUCCCUGGUGCUCACGACCGGCACCUUCUUCAUUGCCUUCUAUCUGCGUAAAUUCAAGAACAGUGCUUUUUUCCCUGGCACGCUCCGAAGGGCUAUUGGAGAUUUUGGAGUUCCUAUUGCAAUCUCCACCAUGGUUCUUCUGGACUAUGGCAUUAAGGACACUUACACACAGAAACUAAGUGUGCCUGAUGGCUUCUCUGUGACCAGCCCGGACAAGCGUGGUUGGUUAAUACACCCAAUGGGCUCUGAUGGCCAGUUCCCCAUUUGGAUGAUGGUUGCCAGCAUUCUACCUGCCCUGCUCGUCUACAUCCUCAUUUUCAUGGAGACUCAAAUCACCACUCUUAUUGUGAGCAAGAAGGACAGGAUGCUGGUUAAGGGUUCAGGGUUUCACUUGGACCUGCUGAUCAUCGUGGUCAUGGGAGGCGUUUCAGCGCUCUUUGGGCUGCCGUGGUUGACUGGUGCUACGGUUCGUUCUGUAACUCAUGCAAAUAGCCUCACAGUGAUGAGCAAAGCUGUUGCACCUGGUGACAAACCACGCAUUCAGGAAGUGAAAGAGCAGAGAGUAACAGGAUUUCUAGUGGCUCUUCUAGUAGGUCUGUCUAUUGUGAUUGGAGAUGUUUUGCGGCAGGUUCCUAUCGCUGUGUUGUUUGGUAUAUUCCUCUAUAUGGGAGUGAUGUCUCUCAAUGGGAUCCAGCUAACUGAACGCAUGAUGCUGCUAUUUAUGCCACCAAAGUACCAUCCUGACCACACUUAUGUCCGCAAGGUGCGUACUCUACGCAUGCACCUGUUCACAUGUUUGCAGCUGGUGUGUCUGGCUGUGCUGUGGGCUGUAAUGUCAACCUCGGCCUCGUUAGCCUUCCCGUUUGUUCUCGUCCUCACUGUGCCAUUCAGAAGGUUCCUGCUGUCCCGAAUAUUUACCCAACGUGAGAUACAAUGUCUUGAUGCAGAUGAUGCAGAGCCUUCAUUGGAUGACAAAGAAGGCCAAGAUGAAUAUACAGAGAUGCAAAUGCCAGUAUGACCUCAUUCCUCACCUGUUUCUACCUGGGCUGGCCUGACUCUCUUUUCAGUCAGAGAUGUCCAGAUGUACUGCCCUGAUUUUUUUCAUUAAUCAGUUUGUAUCUCCAUUUUGUUUUCGCUUAAAUUAUUUAAACAUUAUAUUUAUACAUAUGUAAAAAAAUGUUAAGAGGUUGCUCAAUGACACUUUAGCAACUAGUGUCAACUGUACUAUUUUUUUCUGUUUAUUUAUCAGAGUUGAAAUGUUAUCGUACUAAUGUGUGUGUAUUGGAGGGGUUAAAUGAAUUUAUGAUAUCCAGUCAGCUCAAAAUGAUACAGGAAGCACUUUAAGGUCAAUUUGAAAUGAAGCCUUUUCAAUUCAUUUUAUUUCAUUGCAAGGUGACAUACAAUGUACUCCUAAAAAUGAAUAACUGUACAGAAUGAGAUUCAUGCAAAUUAUAUAUGAUUGAUAUUUUUGUAGCUAAAUUAAAAUAAUACUAAAAUAAUUAGUUAUAAUUAAACAGAGAUUUAUGCUGUAUUCAACAACAACAACACACACAGACACACACACACACGCAUAUAUAUAUAAUAUUGCCUAUAGCAACAAAAAACAGUUUGCAGUCACCAGUUUAUCUGGAAGAAGGAAACAUAUAUAUAUAACAAUAUGUUCUUUUGAAAAUUGUUGCAUAGCUGUUUGGAAACUAUUUUUCUCACCAGAGCACCAAAGAGGCCUGUGUGUUUAUAUAACAUGAACACUAAGAGAAUCAUAUAAGUAGUGUUAAUAGUAUAUAAUACGUAAAUAUACAGUCAUUGGAUUAUAGUGGAUUUGAUUCACCUUGUUUGUCUGAGAGAAAAGUCAUUUAAAAAUUGUUUUAUGGAGUUCAAAAGGUGAAGUUUUACACUAUCUCAGUUAUGAUAAUGUUGAUUAAAAUAUCACAGAGCACAUGAAAUGUUUUGAUCGUUUAAUGCACUACCAUUUAUUUUUAUUAACAAGCUUCAUAGGUGAAUAUUUGUCUUUUAAGGGAACAUAACUAGAAUCUAUGAAAUUUGUUAAAGCAAAAAAAACAAAAAAAACAAACAAGUGUAGAUUUGGUAUAAUGCUAUAAUCAAUUUUCUUAAAUGUGUCUCAUGUACAUUCCAAUCAAAAAGACGAUCUUGCAAACAAAUUAUUUUUAUAAAGAAGGGACUACAUUUAAGAUGUUAUUUAAUCUGUUGUGUGUGCGUACUGUCAGAAUGUGUAUUUUCCCCUGCAAAAAACUGUUUUCAUUACGAUCUCACAUAUUGCAGUAGUGCCUUUUUUCAGAUAUUAUGUUGCUUCACAAAGUUGAAAAAAGUGACCUUAGCAGGUAUGAAAGAAAAAGAGCGCUUCAACAAUAGAUUUUUGUGAUUAUUAAAAUAUUACUGUAUAAUGUCAAUGGUGACAAUGGUCAAUGUUUUAGCUUUGUAAAUGUUUAAAGUACAGGCCCAAACCUAAUAAAAUA